AUGUUAAAAAACUCAGGCCAAAAAGUCCCCAAGAUGCUAGCUCAAGAGCUCGAAAAGCUGCACAUAGCAGCAGCAGGUACCUUCAUUCUUUCCGAGGCGCCCUCAGAGACGAAGAACGGCGCUGGAAGGCCUAAUCAGGCCGUUACCAAGCCCAUAUCUGUCGAUCCCGACACCGGAGAAGUUAUAGUUCGGAAGUCUACUGGCAAAAGCAAGAUACGGAAAGGCCAAAGCUCCGACGAAUAUGAACGGCAAAGGGAUCAUUUUUUUAAUGUCGAGAAAGGCCCAGUGUGGACACCGGUGGGUUGGAUGACCAAAGAGGAUCCACUGGACAGGCUGGACAAGAAUCCUGAAUCUGAUAUCAGACUUAAACAGACGCGACAAAAGCUUAUGAGCCAUUGUCAUCUACUUUAUUAUCGGAAGCAGUAUGAAGAUUGCGCUCAAAUAUGUCAGACGCUCAUUACCCGCUUCGAGGUGCUGGAAAGCCGAAAGAAAAUUCAGAAGGAAAUCGACGAACUCGCACACAUCCUUCAACGGUGCAGGGCAAUUGCUCAGGCUUAA